AUGGCAAGGCUGUGGAAGGCACUUGUGUUGGUGGUGGCCUUGGCUCUGGCAGCCUGUGAAGCCCAGCCCCCACCAACAUAUGAGGAUGUUGUUGAGCAGGCCAUAGAGGCAUUUAACAAGGGGCGUCCAGGGAAGGCCCUCUUCCGCCUGAUAGAUGUCACCGUGCCAUCUGGUCAGAACCCCACUAGCAAUUUCCCACUCAAGUUCAGGAUUCGUGAGACAGACUGCAUCUCCGUCCCGGAAAGACAGCCUCAAAACUGCAACUUCCUGGAAAAUGGGGAGGAUCGAAACUGCACAGGUCAAUUCAUCAGAAGACGGCUCUCAACCUCCCUGACCUUGAGCUGCGACAGGGAUUGCAGUAGAGAGGGUGCCCAGGUAAAGGGUUUUCCUGAUUACCCUGUGGCAGAUGCCUCUGAGGAGGACCAGCCCAAAGAUCUUCCCCCUAAGAUCAGGAACAUUUAUGACAAUGCCAAGUAUGACAUCAUCAACAACAUUCUUCGUAAUUUCUAG